AUGGUGUUCGAGAACCCCAGAACCUCUGGCACAGCAUGUGACAGACAGGGCGGGAAAGAACGCAGGGGACCAGCCGGUCUCCUGAGCAUCUGCGCCCUCACCUCGGGGCGGUCCCGCGGGGGUUCCAGCAGGGGGCGCCCCGAGCUCCGGGUCGAGUGUCCGGGCGCGCCUCCAGCCGGCGCCUGGGACGGGGCUGGCCGCUCCGCCCCCUCGACUCCCCGGCGGCUCUGCGGGAGGACGUCGGGCGCCGGGAGAAGAACUGAGCCGAGCACCGCGCACCCCGCUGCGCGCCGGUGUCCAUCCUGCCCGCCGCACGCAGCGCAGCCUCUCGCCGAUUGUCUGGUCCAGGCCUCGAUGAGGAGCCCAAACAUGGAGACGUUCAAGCAGCAGAAGGUGGAGGAUUUUUAUGACAUCGGAGAGGAGCUGGGGAGCGGCCAAUUUGCCAUCGUGAAGAAGUGCCGGGAGAAGAGCACAGGGCUGGAGUAUGCAGCCAAGUUCAUCAAGAAGAGGCAGAGCCGGGCCAGCCGUCGGGGCGUGUGCCGGGAGGAAAUCGAGCGGGAGGUGAGCAUCCUGCGGCAGGUGCUGCACCCUAACAUCAUCACGCUGCACGACGUCUAUGAGAACCGCACCGACGUGGUGCUCAUCCUCGAGCUAGUGUCCGGAGGAGAGCUGUUCGAUUUCCUGGCCCAGAAGGAGUCGUUAAGUGAGGAAGAAGCCACCAGCUUCAUUAAGCAGAUCCUGGACGGGGUGAACUACCUUCACACAAAGAAAAUCGCCCACUUUGAUCUCAAGCCAGAAAACAUCAUGUUGUUAGACAAGACCAUCCCCAUCCCACACAUCAAGCUGAUUGACUUUGGCCUGGCUCAUGAAAUAGAAGACGGAGUUGAGUUUAAAAACAUUUUUGGAACACCAGAAUUUGUUGCUCCAGAAAUCGUGAACUAUGAGCCACUGGGACUGGAGGCCGACAUGUGGAGCAUCGGCGUCAUCACCUACAUCCUACUAAGUGGAGCAUCCCCCUUCCUGGGAGACACGAAGCAAGAAACACUGGCAAACAUCACAGCUGUGAGUUAUGACUUUGAUGAGGAGUUCUUCAGCCAGACAAGCGAACUGGCCAAGGACUUCAUUCGGAAGCUUCUUGUGAAAGAGACCCGGAAACGGCUGACCAUCCAAGAGGCUCUCAGACAUCCCUGGAUCAUGUCAAAAGCAGAAGCCAGAGCCCCUGAGCAGUGGAAGACACAGCCUGCCCAGCUGAAGACCAAACGCCUGAGAGAGUAUACCCUCAAAUGCCACUCAAGCAUGCCCCCCAACAACACUUACGUCAACUUUGAGCGUUUUGCCCAUGUGGUAGAGGAUGUGGCUCGGGUGGACAAGGGAUGCCAUGCCCUAGCGGAAGCCCAUGACACCCUGCAGGAUGAUGUGGAGGCCUUGGUCGCCAUCUACAGCGAGAAGGAGGCUUGGUACCGAGAGGAGAAUGAGAAUGCCCGCCAUAACCUGUCCCAGCUCAAGUAUGAGUUCCGUAAGGUGGAGUCCCUGAAGAAGCUCCUGAGAGAAGACAUCCGGACCACAGGGGCCAGCCUUGGAGGCAUGGCCAGGAAGCUAGACCAUCUGCAGGUGCAGUUUGAGGCUCUGAGGCAGCAACUCUCGGCAGACAUCCAGUGGAUGCAGGAACUGGUGGGCAGCUCCCAGCUGGAGAGCGGGAACACAGAUGGUUACGGUCUGGGCUCCGUGUUCCACCAGGACACCAGUGAGUCCCUGUCGGAGCUGCUCCAGAGAUCGCACACGGAGGAAAUCCUGGCCAGCUUGAAGCUCUGAGCACCCGAGCCUAGUCAGUAGUGCAUUCCCAGUGCUUUGCAGAAGCAUGUUGUCUUCUUCUCUCCUGGGGCAUCCCACUGGAAUUAUCCUGCAGAGUGUGUGCGCAUCCUUCUGCUCCUCCAGAGUUUCCCAGCCACUGAGGUGCUAGCUAGUGAUUUACUCUGCAUUCCCUCACCAGCCUGGUUUUCUGAGAGGGCGCUGACACAGCAGCUGGGCUGUGAAAACAAUUAGAAAAUAUAUCCCCUCAGCAUGCCCUUCUCCAGGGGGUAUCUGCCAGCCCCCAGGGGAUACUUGAUAACUGAGUAAUGGUGAUGGGUUGGCUCACCUCUCAGGUUCCAUCUGCAUGCCUUGAGUGCAGAUCUUGGGCAAUGAUCGACAUAACUAAGAAUAACUUAGUCGCCAGGGUUGCUUUCCAGUUACAGAGUCGGGAUUUUAAAAUAUACAGAGAAAACAUUAACUUUCUUUUAAAUUGUCUUCUCACUCAUCAAGUCUUUAUGUCUGUGACCUUAUUGGAUUUGUAAAGAACUCUGUGAGAUAAGAGGCUGGGAUAUAGCUCAAUUUCUAGAGUACUUGCCGAGCAUCUGCAGAAUCCUGGGCUGUAUCCCCAGCAUAGCAUAAACCGAGCUUGGUGGUGCACACCUCUAUCUGGUACUUAAGAGGAGGAGCCAGAAGGAUUGGAAAAUUAGAGUUAUCUCUGGCUAUGUACUGGGUUCGAGUUAAAGGCCAGCCUGGGGUAUAUGGGACCCUGUCUUGGGGUGGGGUGCAGCUCCGGGAGCCGAGAAGAUGAGUGACAGUGUUUUUACUAUUCAUUUCUCUGUGGCCAAGGAAGAAAUUGACUCAGAGAAGGAGAAUGAGUUAGGAUCAUGCAUAACCUGUUGGAAACCCAGGUGCCCAUGUUUGAGGCGAGGUAUGGAAGACGUUUCGUGAUGCUUAGCUGUAAAAAGCCACCUUAAUAUUAAAGUGCUGAUCCCGGAGGCUAAGGGGUCAACUUUACACUGAAAAUGAAGACAAGAGGCACACAGCAAGGAAGAAUUUCUUCAUGUCUUCUAGGCCAGUGGGCCCUGAAGUGUGGGAAACCUCAGAGAGCUUUGGGAAGCACAAGGCUCAUUGGUCUCUUCUAGCACCAAAGCUUUGAGCAUAAGGAGGUUUGUGUGAUGUCAUCUCCCUCUCCUAGGAGGAAGGCCCAUCAGUACAUCCAUGCAGACAGCACAUAGAAUAUGGACCCUGAACCCCAAAUGAUGCUAGGAGCUUGGGACUGGGGACAAACUGUAUUGUUUCAAGUACCUCCACAGCCUUGCAAAACACCCAUAGUAUUUUUAUUAAAUAUCAUUCUCAGGUUAGUGAGAAAACAAAGAAUGUGACUUGUCCUGGGUCAUCAUAACAUUAGUGAUGAAAGUGGGAGCCUUCUGAUGAUUCCAUAGCUCUUUCUGACUCCCUUAACUGCUUGGACUCUAGGAACUUACGCUCUGCUUAAGUGAUACCCAAGUUCAUCCUUCCAUUCAGACAUAGUUAGCAGGCACCUGCCAGUUUCCAAAUAGUUUACUUGAGUCCAGGGAUGUGGUGUCAAGUAAUAUCAAGCUGGUUUUCUGCUUCCCUGAAGUUCUCAGUUGAGUGAUAGUUUCUAGCAUUAAUCAAGAAUUCUAGAACUACAGAACUACAGUUGUGAAAGAAAAGUAGGCAGCACUGCAAGGCCUACAGUGAGACAGACAGACAGACAGACACAGACACAGACAGAGUUGAGUUGAUCUGCUCGGGGGAGGCAGCCAUGUAUGGAGGACACUGGGGCUGUGGGCAGCUAAGGAAACUGAGGAGAGAGGUGUCCCCCAUGGGGCCAUCAUGUCAGUGUUCUGUGGUGAGAGGGAAUGGAAGGAAAACUGAGGGAGAGAGAAUGGGAGUUAUAGAGUGUGGAGAUAGCUGAGGACGAGCAGAACCAGUGGGACUUUGGCUUGUUGAGGAGUUCUGCCUUUGUUCCCAGGGUCACAGAAACAACUAAUGGGUCCUGGGAGAAAUUCUCAGUGGGUAGCGCAGACUAGAUCUUGAUCUGAUAAAGCCAGUCUUUAGAAAUAUAUAUAUAUAUAUAUACAUAUAUAUAUACAUAUAUAUGUAUAUAUAUAUAUUUUAAUUAGCAAGCUGGAUCAUAUAUCACAUAUAUUUAAUAACUGUAAUCAAAAUUAUUUUAAUCAAAUAUAAGAAACCACAAUGCAUGAUGUGUGAUCAUUUUAUGGACAAUUAAGAAAGAAAAAAAAAAUCCUGUCAAGGGCAAUCUUCUAGGAGGUAGUACACAAUGAGAGGGCGACCGAGAGACAGUGUCACCGUGCAGAAGGGAGAGCUGGAAACACACCCAGCUGCACUUGGACCCUGGGUGGAGAGGAAAAACUCAGAGCAGAAGGCCUUUGCACCAUUACUCUGGGAUUGGACCACCUCAGUGUGCAUCAGAAGAACCUCAAGCAGGGACUGCCGUACCCCACAGUCGAAGGCAGGGGGACCCUACCUGGCUCCCCAGAGCUGUGCGGUCUUUUCUCCCAGUGACCUGCUUCAGUCCAGGCCCACGGUAAUGAGAUGCCACAUUGAUCAGUGCUACUGAUGUCUGAGGUCUGACAUUGCACAUCCUGGAACCGAGGAAAGAUUACAGAACACUGUGCCUUCCCCUGAAGACACAUGACUCUGCAAUUGCUUCAAAGUCCUGUAUGCCCCGUCAUGGAAUGUUGCAUACUUGUUUGGUACAAGACACUAUGAAUAUUAAAGGUCCUUUUGAUUGCAUCAACAUACCUUGACCUCUACAUCUGGUUUCUGAAGAAGAAGAAGAAGAA